AUGAAGUACAAUCCAAGAGUGACCAGUUCUCGCCGCAAGAACCGAAAGGCUCAUUUCACGGCGCCGUCGAGCGUCCGCCGUGUUUUGAUGAGCUCGCCUAUCUCGUCAGACCUCCGGUCCAAGUACAAUGUCCGGUCCAUGCCGGUUCGCAAGGAUGACGAGGUUCAGGUGGUGCGCGGGACCUACAAGGGUCGCGAGGGCAAGGUAGUCCAGGUUUACAGGCGCAAAUGGGUCAUCCACAUAGAGCGCAUCACCAGGGAGAAGGUCAAUGGGUCGACGGUGAACGUGGGCAUCAACCCAUCCAAGGUGGUGAUCACCAAGCUCAGGCUGGACAAGGAUAGGAAGGCCCUGCUGGAUCGCAAGGCCAAGGGUCGUGCCGCUGCAGACAAGGACAAGGGUACUAAGUUCACAGCCGAAGAUAUUAUGCAGAACGUCGACUGA